AAAAGAGCCAUCGCUUUGAGUCCUUCCGAGCCACUAGGAGUUGGAGUUGGCAUGCCAUGUAUCUUGCGUGACGUUCGGGCACAUCCCAUCUCAAGGUUAUCAUCUCCCAUAAGUCACAGUCUCUCGCUCCACACCUCCCGCUCACGCAAUCACAAUUCCAUCAACUUUACCGCCGUCAAUAAUACACUUUUCCAGCCCUCAUCCCCAUCCUUCCCUGCGCGAACUCUUCAUAAAAGGUCAUCCUUUGUCCGAGUUCCAAGUCCUCAAGUCUGCGACAGACCCUGACCCUCCUUCCUUCGAGAAGCCGCUGCCUCAGUAAAAGCCUUCGACUGAGUGCAUAUUGAGCGCGCAGAGUUCAUGUGCGCCGCGGCGUUGACUAUUCCUCUUCUCAACGUAUUCUCCCCCACCUAUAUUCUCUCGACGACACCAUCACUAUCCCCGUCAUCAUCACAAGCGCCACUUUCUCCAGCCCAGCCAGCCCAGUGCUUGUCACACUAAUAUCUCUACUCAUGUGUCCAACAAAGCGCUGCGGCCCAAACCUACCCCAUUCCAAGUUUCUAGACUCCUGAUCGUCGUUGCGACUUCUCCAUUCCGACGAUCGUCAUGUCAAACUCACACCAGUCUUCCAAAAAGAGCCUGGAGCGCCUGGACAAUGGCCGGCCGCGGUUUCAGGGCUGCUCAAAGAUUACAGACUAUGAGUAUAUGGGCAAACUCGGCGAGGGAACUUUUGGCGAAGUUUCCAAGGCCCGGUCAAAGAAAACCGGUCGUAUCGUCGCUCUUAAGAAGAUCCUCAUGCAUAAUGAGAAGGAUGGGUUUCCCAUCACCGCUCUAAGAGAGAUCAAACUACUCAAACAACUACACCACCCCAAUAUUCUGUCUCUCGAAGAAAUGGCCGUCGAGCGUCCCAAGAACGCAAGCAAAAAGCCCAGCAUGUUCAUGGUCACUCCCUACAUGGACCAUGAUCUUUCUGGCCUACUCGAGAAUCCUCAAGUCCACUUUACCGAACCCCAAAGAAAGUGCUACAUGAAACAACUGUUGGAAGGAUGCGCCUAUUUACAUGAAAGCAAAAUCCUCCACCGAGACAUGAAGGCGGCCAAUCUCCUCAUCAACAACCGAGGAAUACUCCAGAUUGCCGACUUUGGUCUUGCUCGACCAUACGAUGAUGAGCCCCCGAGACCUGGUCAUGGUGGCGGCGAGGCUACCCGCGAGUACACAACUCUCGUCGUCACAAGAUGGUAUCGUCCACCCGAGUUACUCCUUCAACUCCGUAAAUACACCACCGCUAUUGAUAUGUGGGGCGUGGGCUGUGUGUUUGGUGAAAUGUUCAAGGGAAAACCCAUCCUCGCCGGAAACAGUGACGUCAAUCAAGCCCAUCUCAUCUUUGACUUGGUCGGUAGUCCAACCGACGAAUCUAUGCCUGGUUGGCGUUCUCUUCCUGGGUGUGAAGGUGUUGUCGAGUGGGGUCAUAAGAACCCUACGCUCAGAAAAGUCUUUAGCGAGUUGAGCUCCACGGCUGUGUCUCUACUGUCCGAAUUACUGACACUAGAUUGGCGCAAACGUAUCAACGCCAUCGACGCCCUCAAGCAUCCUUACUUCCACACAGAGCCAUUCCCAGCAAGACCAGGUGACCUCCCAUCAUUUGAAGAUUCUCAUGAGUUGGAUCGCAAAAAGUUCAGAGAUCAGAAGUCAAAGCCUCCCCCGGCCCCGGCUGGUGGUUCCGUUGGUAUUGGCCCAGAAGGCGAAUGGGGCAUCAAUGGUCGCCCUUUACCCCCAUAUGAAGGCGGCCCAGGUCCUCAUGGCCCGAGGGGCCCGAGGCAUUCAGGGGGUGGUGGAGCUCGGCACUUCAACAAUGGACACCGCGACAGGGACUAUGGACGAAGACCUCCAGGUUCUAUACCGCCGCAGUCUGGUUAUUCUGCCGACUAUCGCUCUGGCCCUCGAGAUGCCCCGCCAUACGAACAUGCCCAUCGUCCACAGUAUGACCAACCUCCUCGUGGACAUGGACCUAGUCACUCGUACGACGAUCACCACGCACGUCGCCCACCUCCAGACUACAGUCUCCCACCACGUCCACCUAUGCCGGAUGAAUACCGUUAUGGUUCAGGUGAUGGUUUACCACAUCGAGAUGAUGCACGCGGGCCCCCACCUCGAUCACGCAUCCCAGGUGGAUCGGGGCCUCCCCCUCUCGAUAAUAGACGUGGGAACUACCCUCCUAAUGACCGUGACAUGUAUCCACCUUCAUACUCAGACGCAGAUUCAAAUGCUCGCAUUCCACCACCAAAGGGUCGCCAUCGCGACGAAAGGUUGCCAUAUGGGGACGGCAGACCACCGCCAGAUUAUGAUGAACCCAUCCGUUAUGACGACCCUGUUCCUGACAGAGGACGCAUGCGUGAACCCGAUCCUGGUCCACCUACACAUGGAUCAUACGAUCGCCGGCCGCGAAGUCGAAGUCCGCCCCGUGAGUGGGAGAGGGAAUCUCAUCGAGAUCGAGAUCGAGGUUCCCACCGAGAACGAGAUCCAAGAGACUGGGACCGUGAUCCACGAGAUCGCCAUCACCACCACCAUCACUCAGCAGAUAGAGAUCGGGGGUACGGAGGAGGACUUGGAGGUGACAAUGGCAUGCGCGGCGGUGGUGGUCGCCCAGGUGGCGGAGCCCAAGACCCCUAUCGAAGAUAGAAUCUU